AUGUGCAUUAAUUUCAACAAAAAGACAAAGCACAUCAAUCGUGAAGCUUUGCAAGAAGGAGUUAUAGACUUGAGAUACAGCAAGUCAGAUAAGCAGAUAGCUGAUACAUUCACAAAAGCACUACCAAGGGAUCGAUUCAACUAUCUGAGAGGGUUGCAAGGGGUUAAACCAGUUGACAAUGUAGAAGGGGUUAAACCAGUUGACAAUGUAGAAGGGAAAGUUAAAAUGUAA